AUGGCCUCUGAGAAACGAGCCCGCCCACCCAGCAUGGAUGCGAUGGACCAGGACUCUCCUCCUCCUGACGAUACGCCCUCAUCCAAGACUCACGAUUCGGGCGCAACUCCUGUCUCAACUACUCAUACCACGGGUGCCUCGACGGCUUCAGCCUCGAACCCCUCCGGCACCCCCGCCGCCGCCGGCACCACCCAGACUGCAGAUACCUCCUCCUCCGCCGGCACUCCCAAUGCGCCGACUGCUGCUUCCGCCUCCAGCGCAGCCGCCUCAAAGAGGCGUAGAGGGCUCGGCGUGGUCACUCCCAAUGCCUGCACAGAGUGUCGGAAGAAGCGUGCAAAGUGCGAUGGCCAGCAACCAUGCAGCAGGUGCAGCGCCCAGAAGGAUGUCGAGUGUCACUACGAAGUCCCUGUGCGACAAUCCAAGGAGAACCUCCGCAACGAGAUCGAGCAUCUGCGCCGCCAACUCGCCUCGAGCGACUCUGUCAUCGGCGCACUCUCGCAAAAUGAGCAGUGGGAGGAGGUCUUGCGCAGACUGCGCAGUGGCCAGUCCGUAGAGGUCAUAUCCGACUGGCUGAGCGGCCAGCUGGCCACGGGAGCUGGCACUGGCGCAAUGCCGUCUUUCGGCCGACCCUCCGGCAUGACUACAAACCUCACUCCUCUGGCGACUUUCGCUGGUGCGGCCGCCGCCUCGUACACUCCUGCUAGGGGCAACACAGCAGCCUCGGCCACCACUGUCAGCCCCACGUCCACAGUUCAUCCCUUGAGCUCCAGGCAGGACGUAGAUCCCAACAGUCCAUGGAAUGCUCACUAUUCGGGGGCUAGCCAGGCGCACUCUACCAGGAGCGACUCACAUCCUGACAUUAUGAGCUGGGGAUCUUCCGGCCCUCCUCAGACAAGGGUUGGUUCGUGGAUCGCAGACAAUGUGUCGCAUCUGCAGUCGUCCGAGGGUCGAUACCGUGGCCUCGACCAGGUCUUGGCCCCAGAGAUGCCCCCGCCCUCAGACCUGCCUACGACAUGGACGGAGAUCAGCUCAGACGGAAACUUGGUUCAGCACCUUCUUGCGCUUUACUUUUGCUGGGAGUACCCCACGUUUGCAUCGUUGAGCAAGGAGCACUUCUUGAAAGACUUUCACUCCGGGCGAUCUCGUUACUGCUCCUCAAUCCUCGUGAACGCCCUUCUCGCCUUGGGUUGCCGGUUUUCGAGCCAGCCUAGUACGCGCGCAAAUCCGGAAGACCCAUACACCUCGGGAGAUCACUUUUUCAAGGAGAGCCUAAGGCUCUUCUUUCUAGAGGACAAUCACCACAGUCUCACGACUAUACAGGCUUUGGGUAUUAUGUCCAUUCGGGAGGCCAGUUGUGGCAGGGAUUCCGAAAGUUGGUACUACGCUGGGCAAAGUAUUCGCCUCGCGGUUGAGAUGGGCCUGCACCGCGUGAGUGACGCGUCAGGAGACAGUGAUGAGGUUGCUGUUCAGGCAGCAACGUUCUGGGGUGCUUUUGCGCUGGACCAGUCCGUUUACAAGUGCUUCUGCGAAUUGAGCGAACUCGUCCACGAGUCUCUUUAUAUACUUCACACCCCUGGCCGACCACUCACGGCCCCCGAUCUUCUGAGCAUCUACACCCAGUUCCUGAAUUGGUACGAUAGUGUACCAGAAGUUCUCCGACUUGGGCACAACUUCACUCCUGCAGUCCUUUUUGCGCACAUGUAUUAUCAUUUCGCAAUUCUGCUGCUUUUUCGCCCUUUGAUCAAGUUGCGGAUCGUGGGGUCGGGCAUGUUACCGAGGGACGUUUGCUCCCAAGCCGCGGAUGCCAUUCAGGGUCUGUCUCGGUCAUACUCGCAGUUGUACACAUUGCGGCGGACGCCAUCUUUUGUCCCUUACUUCGUUCUAACGUCUUCAAUCAUGCACCUGGCAAUUGCAGCGUCAGGAGGACCGUCCCAAUCCGAGGGCCAGGAGGGAGCUUCUGGAGGAGCCUCGAGACAGGAAUCUUCAAAUCAUCAAACACCAGUGAACAGGGGUUCGUUCCGGGCGGACCCCCAUGUUUCCCAAUCCAUCAACCAGGGCAUCGCCGACUUGACAGAGAUGGCGCCGUGUCAUCACUUUGCGGAACAAGCAUUGAACAUUUUACGAUACCUCGCGAGGAAGUGGAACAUUGAGAUCGACAUGGAUGUCCCUCGCCAGGUGAAAAAAGAGAAGGAAGACGCACAUCAGACAGGCCGCGAAGCGUCAACCCCACCCAAACUGACCAGAAUGAACGACCACACGUACGGAACUCGGCCGGCUACGAACAGCCUCAAUUUCUUCACACCCAACAUGCAAGAGCAGGAUUUCGUCUCCAAUUGGGGAAAUGCUGCGCCCUCGCCGGUCGCGACGGUGAGCCCGACGCUUGCGAGGUCCGGAGACUCGAUGGAGAAUCCGCUUUUCUGGCCUUUCCCGAUGCAGGGCCGGCCGAUCCUGCCAGUUGGGGAGUCAUUGGCAGAGGCUGGGUUUGAGUUGCUCUAG